UUUGUCAUUUUCUCCCGAAUGUAUUCUGUAUCACACUCUCAUCAGCAAAAUUCAUCUCGGUCAACCAACUCUUCCAACUCAGGUCCACGUUUAUAGAACUUCUAGACUUCUAGAUGAUUCCUUUUCCCUCUCAAUAACUUUAAAUUCCCAUCCCAGUGGCAUCCACCAACAAGACCCAACAAGUUUAUGACAUCGAGCCAAGUCGUUUGAUAUUUACCCCACCAAGCCAAAACUAAUGGGAAAUCCAAGUUUCCGAUCGGCCCGAAGCACUUCAAUCCCAUCAUCCAAACUAUACAUUGAAAACCCUAUUAACUCAGGCACUCAGGCACUCAUAGCUAAGCUUGGAUCACCUAAAGUUAUCACUACUCAGUGAUCACAUGACAUGGAAUUAUUCGAGAAUUCCUUCAUCACAGCCUCAUCUUGAAGAACAACGUCAAUCAUAAAAUUGUCAAAUCGUAAAUCUUCCACCACGAUCGCAUCAAUAAAACGCGACACGUUUCUUUCUACCUAACGAGAAAUCAAGAGACCCAUCAAAAGGGAUCGCAACGAUCACGACAAAAGUUCCAUUAGAAUUCGUAAUUUUCUGUUUAGGUUUUGGUAUAACCAGUGCGUUUUGAAAGCGCAAAGGUACGUCUAAACACUUAUCAAGAGAUAUAUACGUACAGCAAUUCAUCAUGUCCUAUCCGCCACCACCAGGUCUUAAAUCUACUCCUUCGCCCCAUCCUUCCUUACCCGCUCGACCACCUCCAUCCGCGAAUCCACAAACAGGUUUCAAACCUGCCUUUAGCAACAAUGGUGCCUCGAGACCCCCUGCACCUGGAGGAUAUGGUGGCUUUACUGGGUUCGCUCCUAGAUCCGUAGCUGCUCCGGCACAACCAAGUUAUCAAGCUUAUCAACAACCUUCCGCUGCUUACCCGCAAGCUCAACCAUACAAUCCAUAUUCCAAUGCACCACAACAAGAAGCUGCAUAUGGAGCCGCACCCCAAAUUCGAAAUCCUUUUGCGCCACCGACAGCCGCUGCAGGACGUGGUAUAGGUGGAUAUGAUGAAGAUCCAGAGAUGGCAGCACAAAUAGCACAAUGGCAAAGCGCAUAUGCUGGAAAGGAUGCAAAUACGACUUCUACCUCUAAUAGUGGAUAUACUGGGGCUGUUCGAAAAUAUCCAACAACUGGAGAAGGUCUCACAUCAGCAUCAAAUGCAAAUGCGACACCAUUAGGUAGAACCGAGGCUGGACCAAAUAUGACUUCACAAGCAAUUACGAAUGCUGCUCACAAUGAUACUGGCGUUGCAUCAAUUGUAUCAGAUUCCAAGACCAAUCAAAAGACAGUUGUACGAACAGGUGGUGGUACACAAUGGACAGAUUCCUCUCUUCUUGAAUGGGAUCCUUCUCAUUUUCGCCUUUUCGUUGGUAAUCUUGCUGGUGAAGUUACUGAUGAAUCAUUACACAAGGCAUUUUCACGUUGGUCAUCUUUACAGAAAGCAAGAGUUAUUCGAGAUAAACGUACUACGAAAAGUAAAGGUUAUGGAUUUGUUAGUUUUAGUGAUGGAGAUGAUUUCUUUCAAGCUGCUAGGGAUAUGCAAGGCAAAUAUAUUGGAAGUCAUCCUGUUCUUUUAAGAAGAAGUACUACUGAGAUCAAGGCUGUUACACCAAAGGAUAACAAACAUGGAAAGAAUAAUAAGAAUAAGGGUAAAGGUGGUAAUAGGCAUGAUGGAGGACAAAGCAAUAGAGAUAAGACUGGAGCUGGUGUACAGAAGGCAGGAAGUAAAACCAAGGGUGGCUUGAAGGUUUUAGGAUAGUGGUAAUAGCAAGAUUUGAUAUCAGGUUUUCAGAGGUUAUGGGAAGAAAGGACGGGGGAGGGAUUAGAAAUGUUGAAGAUUGUCGGCGCAUAUCAGAAACAUUUAUCGAGGUCUUGUUCUGAAUUUAUUGAUGAUAAACUUUGGUUCCGGCUGGCCAAUGAGGUACAUCUCUACGAUAAUAUGGAUGACUUGAAUUUUACCUAGAGCUUCUAUUCUUUACUUGAU